GUUUCACACACCUCAGGAGCACCUUUCGGCUGCCUGCUCCCCAGACACACCUGCAGCCCUGCCCAGCCGGCUUUGCUCACCCACCGCUUGUAAAUGCCCCAGAUAUGAGCCAGCCCAGGCCCCGCUACGUGGUAGACAGAGCCGCAUACUCCCUCACCCUCUUCGACGAUGAGUUUGAGAAGAAGGACCGGACAUACCCAGUGGGAGAGAAACUUCGCAAUGCCUUCAGAUGUUCCUCAGCGAAGAUCAAAGCCGUGGUGUUUGGGCUGCUGCCUGUGCUCUCCUGGCUCCCCAAGUACAAGAUUAAAGACUACAUCGUCCCCGACCUGCUUGGUGGACUCAGCGGGGGAUCCAUCCAGGUCCCACAAGGCAUGGCAUUUGCUCUGCUGGCCAAUCUUCCUGCAGUCAAUGGCCUCUACUCCUCCUUCUUCCCCCUCCUGACCUACUUCUUCCUGGGGGGUGUGCACCAGAUGGUGCCAGGUACCUUUGCCGUUAUCAGCAUCCUGGUGGGUAACAUCUGCCUGCAGCUGGCCCCAGAGUCGAAAUUCCAGGUCUUCAACAAUGCCACCAAUGAGAGCUAUGUGGACACAGCAGCCAUGGAGGCGGAGAGGCUGCACGUGUCAGCUACGCUAGCCUGCCUCACUGCCGUCAUCCAGAUGGGCCUGGGCUUUGUGCAGUUUGGCUUUGUGGCCAUCUACCUCUCUGAGUCCUUCAUCCGGGGCUUCAUGACGGCCGCGGGCCUGCAGAUCCUGAUUUCGGUGCUCAAGUACAUCUUCGGACUCACCGUCCCCUCCUACACAGGCCCGGGGUCCAUCGUCUUUACCUUCAUUGACAUUUGCAAAAACCUCCCCCACACCAACAUCGCCUCACUCAUCUUCGCCCUCAUCAGCGGUGCCUUCCUGGUGCUGGUGAAGGAGCUCAAUGCUCGCCACAUGCACAAGAUCCGCUUCCCCAUCCCUGCAGAGAUGAUUGUGGUGGUGGUGGCAACAGCUGUCUCCGGGGGCUGUAAGAUGCCCAAAAAGUAUCACAUGCAAAUCGUGGGAGAAAUCCAACGCGGGUUCCCCACCCCGGUGUCACCUGUGGUCUCGCAGUGGAAGGACAUGAUAGGCACAGCCUUCUCCCUAGCCAUUGUGGGCUACGUCAUCAACCUGGCUAUGGGCCGGACCCUGGCCAACAAGCAUGGCUACAAUGUGGAUUCGAACCAGGAGAUGAUCGCCCUGGGCUGCAGCAACUUCUUUGGCUCCUUCUUUAAAAUUCAUGUCAUUUGCUGUGCGCUUUCCGUCACUCUGGCUGUGGAUGGAGCUGGAGGAAAGUCCCAGGUGGCAAGCCUGUGUGUGUCUCUGGUGGUGAUGAUCACCAUGCUGGUCCUGGGAACCUAUCUGUAUCCUCUCCCCAAGUCUGUGCUAGGAGCCCUGAUUGCUGUCAAUCUCAAGAACUCCCUCAAGCAACUCACCGAUCCCUACUACCUGUGGAGGAAGAGCAAGCUGGACUGCUGCAUCUGGGUAGUGAGCUUCCUCUCCUCCUUCUUCCUCAGCCUGCCCUAUGGUGUGGCAGUGGGUGUCGCCUUCUCCGUCCUGGUCGUCAUCUUCCAGACUCAGUUUCGAAACGGCUAUGCACUGGCCCAGGUCACAGACACUGACAUUUAUGUGAAUCCCAAGACCUAUAGUAAGGCCCAGGAUAUCCAGGGGAUUAAAAUCGUCACUUACUGCUCCCCUCUCUACUUUGCCAACUCAGAGAUCUUCAGGCGAAAGGUCAUUGCCAAGACAGGUAUGGACCCCCAGAAAGUAUUACUAGCCAAGCAAAAAUACCUCAAGAAGCAGAAGAAGCGGAGAAUGAGGCCCACACAACAGAGGAAGUCUCUAUUCAUGAAAACCAAGACCGUCUCCCUGCAGGAGCUGCAGCAGGACUUUGAGAACGGCCCCCCCACUGACCCCAACAACAACCAGACGCCGGCUAAUGGCGCCAGUGUGUCCUACAUCACCUUCAGCCCCGACAGCUCCUCGGCUGCCCAAAGUGAGCCACCGGCCUCUGCUGAGGCCCCCGACGAGCCCAGUGACACGCUGGCUAGCGUCCCGCCCUUCGUCACCUUCCACACCCUCAUCCUUGACAUGAGUGGAGUCAGCUUUGUGGACCUGAUGGGCAUCAAGGCCCUGGCUAAGCUGAGCUCCACCUAUGGGAAGAUCGGUGUGAAGGUCUUCUUGGUGAACAUCCAUGCCCAGGUGUACAAUGACAUUAGCCAUGGAGGCGUCUUUGAGGAUGGGAGUCUAGAAUGCAAUCACGUCUUUCCCAGCAUACAUGAUGCCGUCCUCUUCGCCCAGGCAAAUGCCAGAGACGUGACCCCAAGACGAAACUUCCAAGGGGCUCCAGGGGACCCUGAGCUCUCCUUGUAUGACUCAGAGGAGGACAUCCCCGGCUACUGGGACUUAGAGCAGGAGAUGUUCGGGAGUAUGUUUCACACAGAGACCCUGACCGCCCUGGAGCCUCUCAGCAGCAGGGGGUGCUACCCUUACAGGAGUGAGAGUCUGGGGAGCCCAGUCUUCACCCGUCAGGCCCUGGCCACAGCGGGCAAGCCUCCUGACCGCUCCACCCCACCCACCUCGGCCCAGUCCUUGGCAGCUGAAGGACACCUUGACUUCCAGCUUUUACAAGUGAGCCAAAAACAGAAGGAGAAGUACAACUGUGCUGGCCUCCUGUGCAAGCUUCAGAAAGUGUCCCAGGGCCCGCAUGGCUCGGUGUCAGAUGGUGUCAGGCGGUCACGGGACAUAGGAAAAAACUUGGGUAGGACUCUGGCUUGCCUUCCCCAGCUGCUUCAACGCUGUCUCUGGAAGCUCUGCACCCAGGGAAGGCCUUGGUAACUAUGCGGCCCCCGCAUCAUCCCGAGGCUGCCCAAGCCACCUCUGCUGUCAGCACGUCAGACUCUAGCCUGGACAGUGGCCAGGACCGUCAAGACCACCAGAGCUACCUCCCCAGGGGCAUCCCCCUAAGGUUCUGCCUCAGCCUCCUGAAACAUUGCUGUCUCUACCCUCAGAGGCUGCUCCCUUCCCCUGGAGGCUGGGUAGAAACCCCAAAGAGGGAGAUCGGUAGCUGGCAGAAUCCUCUGGCAACCUAGUAAUAGAUAUCAGUAAUUCUGCACAAAAGCUUUUGGGAAUCCCUCUUUGUACCCAGAGACUCAGAGGGGAAGAGGGUGCUGGUACCAACACAGGAAAAACAGGGGACCUGGGCCCUGACAGUCUCCCUUGACCUCAGGGACAACAGGGAAAUGCCUCCCCGUGGUAAAUCUGCCUUGUCCUUUACCUGGCAAAGAGCCCAUCAUGUUAACUCUUCCUUACCUGCUUGUGGCCCGGAACCACGAUGGGGUUCUUCUGCAGGCAAGGGAGAAAGUCCUCCAGGAUCCGCUGCAUCCCCUAUCUGCAUGCAGAUGUGGAAAGGGGCUGAUCCAGAUCGGGUCCUCCUCCGCAGGAAGAUUCCUUAACACCCUUAGGACCCGAGGCCAUCUUCUCCUAUGAAAAUGAAAACAGGAGCUAAGUUCUCCAUAUAAACAAGGAGGUAUUGAGUGGAACCCCACAGUUGACUUGAAAAUAAAUAGGUUCCAUGUGUAAGUGUCUUGUAAAAUUUCAAUGGAAAUGCACAGAAAAUCUUCUGGCCUCUCACCACUGCUCUUCUCAAGCUUCUUCAACUUAAUGACCCCUUCUCUAACAGGUUGGGCUGGCCCAGCCUAGGAAAACAUCCCAAUUUCUAACUUCAGCCAGAUCUGCAUUGUGUGUCUGUGUGUUGAGUGAGCUGGUCAGCUAACUAGUCUUCUUAGAGUUAAAGGAGGGGGUGCUGGCCAAGAGCCAACGCAUUCUUGGCCCACGAGCAUUGCUUUUCUGUGAAUUCAUUAUGCCAUCUGGCUGCCAAUGGAACUCAAAACUUGGAAGGCGAAAGACAAUGUUAUCUGGGAUUCACCGUGCCCAGCACCCGCAGUGCCAAAUUCCAGGAGGACAAGAGCCUUAGCCAAUGACAACUCACUCUCCCCUACUCCACCUCCUUCCAAGUCUAGCUCAGGCCCAGGAGGUGGGAGAAGGUCACGGAGCCUCAGGACAUCCCAAGUCAGAGCCUCCUUUGAACCAAGUAUCGAGAUCCCCUGAGGACUUGAUGAAGUUAUCCUUAACCCCCAGACCAGCCCCGGAACUGAGGGGGAUUGUUGGCCCAGUGGCCUGGAGUUGGGGCUCAGAGAGAAAUCUGCAACACGUCUGAGGGUUGCAGGGCCCGCCGUGGAGGUGAGAUUGAAACACGUGGGGCAGAGGGAAGACAUUGAAGAAAACAUCUCUGCUUGAAUAUUUGGAAAAGAACACUCUUCUGGACAUGGUUGGAGCAGGAAGGAUGGAGGCAAAGUAGUGAAAUAAUCUGGAAUUUCAAUACUUUUUAAUGUUCUUAGUGAUACUGACCUGUGAUGAUAUGAUUCCCAGGGAGGACUGGGAACCUUAUCUCUUGAGAUAUUUGCAUAAUUUAUUUAAUUUAAGCCUCAUUCUCCUUUUGUUCGUUUUGGUAAUAAAGUGGAUUUGAAAUGUGAAC